CUUGCACCAUAUUUAAGCGAAAAGAAGGGAUGACUAUAGCAGUAACAAAACUCUUAUAACUUUUUAGAUGUUUAAUAUACCGAAUUCAAAAAUCAAGCACAUAGACCUCAUAUACUGAUUUUUCAAAUUCUCCUAUACUAUAAUCAAACAAAUAAUAUAAUCAUGAUAGCUCCUCCUCCUCCUCAAUACCUAAGCGCUGAAACUGUCAGCAGCGUAACAGGCUCAAUAUCAAUAGCCUGUUGGAUUAUAGUAUUCGCUCCACAAAUUUAUGAAAAUUUUAUCCGACAAAGUGCUGAAGGAUUAUCCAUGUCCUUUAUUAUAUUAUGGUUGUUAGGUGAUGUAUUCAACGUUGUUGGUUCGAUUUUACAAAAUGUUUUGCCAACAAUGAUAAUAUUAGCAAUUUACUAUACCAUAGCCGAUUUAAUUUUAUUAUUUCAAUGUCUAAAAUAUAACAGAUUGAAUGAUCAAAGAAACCAGAAUUUAGCUUUACAAAAUGACACCUCCUCAAUUCAUUAUUCUCCCGUAAAUCCAAUAAACGACGAUGAAAACAUAAUACAAGAAGCGCUAAUGGAUAGUAUAUUAAUUGGAAAUAACAAAAUAAAUAAAACAAGAAAACUAUUUUACAAUUCCUUGAUGAUUUUCAUUGUUUUUCUCUCGGGAAUUUUAGGCUAUUUAGCAUCUGGUAAUAAACAUAAUGACAAUAAUAACAACGAUGAUAAUAACAAUAAUGAUAGCAAUAAUGGUGAAACCCAAAUCAACUUGCUUGGACAAAUAUUUGGUUAUCUAUGUUCAAUCUUAUACCUUGGUUCACGAAUUCCUCAGAUAUUAUUGAAUUUCAGAAGAAAAUCUUGUGAUGGAAUUUCGUUCAUGUUUUUCUUAUUCGCUUGUCUAGGUAAUUUAACCUACUGUAUAAGUAUUCUAAGUGUCAACAACUCAAUUAACUAUAUUAUAAUCAACCUAAGCUGGUUAAUAGGCAGUGCUGGUACUUUAUUAUUAGAUUUAAUUAUUUUUAUUCAAUUUUUUGUUUACUUUGAUGAAAAUGAAGCAGGAAUAGAAUUUGAAGAUGAAGACUACGAAGUCAAUCAGCAAGACAUUAAUAUUCAGCAAAUCGUUGCUAAUCAAACUCAAAUUUAUGGCAGUAUGUAGAACGUAUAGUAUAAUAAACUUGGUUUAACAACUAAUUUUAUAAAUCUAAAGUAAAAUGC